AUGCCCAAGUCAAAGAGAUCCAAGGUCGUGCACAUGACCCAAGUCCAGAAGAAGGACAAGGAACUCCGCACAAAGCUCUUCGACAAUGUCCGCGAGGCCGCCGACAAGUUCUCCCACAUCUACGUCUUUGGCGUCGAGAACAUGCGCAACACCUACCUCAAGGACGUCCGCACCCACUUCUCAGACUCGCGCAUCUUCUUCGGCAAGACAAAGGUCAUGGCAAAGGCCCUGGGCAUGACCGACGCCGAGGAAUACCAACCCGGCCUCUCAAAGUUGACCCCCUACAUCGAUGGCUCCGUUGGCCUUCUCCUCUCCGACCGCGAACCCACAGAAGUCCUCGAGUACUUUGAGAACUACUCCGAGAUCGACUACGCCCGCGCCGGUGUCAAGGCCACCAGAGACUUCACCAUCCCCGCCGGUGUCGUCUACUCGCGCGGUGGUGAUAUCCCCGUCGAAGAGGAUGUCGCCAUGCCUCACAGUCUGGAGGUCACCGUCAGGAAAUGGGGCAUGCCUACCAAGCUCGACAAGGGCAAGGUCAUGCUCGACGGCGACUACGAACUCUGCAAGGAGGGCCGCACCCUCAACAGCCACCAGACUGCUCUGUUGAAGCUCUUUGGUGUCGCCAUGGCCGAGUUCAGAAUCCAAGUCAAGGCUUACUGGAGCCAGGCUUCGGCUGAAGUCACCCCUGUCGAGGCCACCGAGGCCAUGGAAGAGUAA